AUGGACCGAGAUGUGGUCAGUGCCAUCUCAGGCAAGAUUGCUAGCUUCGCCAGCCUUCUUUUCCUUCCUUCCGUCGACUUCUGGUACUCGACUACCUUCUGGAUCUACCUGUUCUGGGGGCUAUGGAUCCAUCGCUACCUACGCCUCCUUGUCCACACCGUGAGCCAUUGGACGUACAAGUCCAAGCCCAUCCCUGCCAAGCCCAGCUUCACGAGCAAGGACGUGACGGUCGUGAUACCCACCAUUCACAAUGCCUUUGAGGAGCUCAGGCCGUCCCUCGAGAGCAUCCUUGCCUGCGAGCCGGCCGGGCUGAUCCUCAUCACCACCGACGACAAGCGCCAAGGUCUCGAGAAGCUGGCCAUGUCUCUCCGCGGAUCAUCGCCGUCGUCUUCCUCCAAUCCGGCCUCGGGCAGCGGCCUCGUCCGCGUCAUGAGCACCCCGAUCGCCAACAAGAGGCUGCAGGUGUGCGAGGCCCUCCCGCAGGUGACUACGUCCAUCACCAUCAUGGCCGACGACGACGUCACCUGGCCGACGACGCUGAUGCCUUGGAUCCUGGCGCCCUUCGAGGACCCGGACGUGGGCGGCGUGGGCACGAACCAGAGGGUCCGCCGGGAGCUGGACGUGCCCCUGUCCACCCGCGUCUGGAACUGGCUGGGCGCGGCCUACAUCGAGCGCCGCAACUUUGAGAUCUCGGCCACCCACAACAUGGACGGCGGCACGUCGUGCAUGUCCGGCCGCACGGGCGCCUACCGCUCCGAGAUCCUGUCGAGCCACGACUUCCUCCACGGGUUUAGGAACGAGAAGUGGAGGAACUGGAUUCUCAACGCAGACGACGACAACUUCGUCACCCGCUGGCUCGUCAGCCACCAAUGGAAGACGUGGAUCCAGUACCACGACGAGUGCGAGAUCGAGACGACGCUGGAGAACAGCUCCAAGUUCCUCUUCCAGUGCUCCCGGUGGGCCCGGAGCAACUGGAGGAGCAACUGGACUAGUCUAAUCAGGGAGCGUUAUGUUUGGAGACAACAACCUUGGUGCACCUACUCGCUUCACAUUGCGACCUUCACCUCCCUCGCCUUCCUGUUCGAUCCUCUCCUCCUAUUCAGCUGCUGGUACGCAACGGCCGACUGGAGCUCGUCUGCGAACCGCGUCUACGCCGUCUGGGCUCAGUUCAUCUUCAUGUUUGCCUUUACCAAGGUGGUCAAGCUUGUGGGUCUGUUUCGACGAAACCCAGCGGACAUGAUUUUCCUGCCGGUAUCCAUAAUUUUUGGAUACUUCCAUGGGUUCAUCAAACUGUAUGCCCUAUUCACUCUUAACAUGACCUCAUGGGGUAGCAGAGCAGAUGGAGACGCCAACGACGAACAGAGACUGGCGCCGGCCCCACAGCCAUCAGUCGUGCUGAAGACUCCGCCUGGAAACAGCUCACUCAUUCGCUACAACAUCCGUCAGAAGGGACGACAGGUGUUGCGCGGGGCGGGCGGCACCAUGGAAGGACACUACCAGCAGGAGGAGAAGAAGGACUAUUACGCCGCCUACGAUUCGAGUACAUCGUAUAACCCGAUUCGACUUCCAGUACGGAGUACUACCUAG